AUGGUUCGCACCAAGCAGACCGCUCGGAAAUCGACUGGGGCGAAGGUCCCGCAGCUGGCGGUGAAAGGUGCUCGAAGGUGGCCACCGCCCACCGGUGUUCUGACCAAAGCCCAUCGCCAUCGUCGUGGAACCGUCGCUCUGCGCGAUAUUCGCCAUUACCAGAAAUCGACGGAGUUGCUGAUCCACAAAUUGCCAUUCCAACGUCUUGUGCGGGAGAUUGCACAACGUUUCAUGCUGGACUCGCGGUUCCAGUCUUCAGCUGUAAUGGCUCUUCAAGAAGCUGCAGAAGCAUAUUUGGUUGGAUUGUUCGUAGACACGAACUUACGCGCGAUCCAUGCGAAGCGCGUGACAAUUAUGCCCAAGGACAUCCAACUGGCGCGUCGGAUUCGAGGAGAACGAGGCUAA